GCGAUGGUCGGGGGGCUGCUGCGCGGCGGAAUGCGCCGCUUCCCCUGGCUCUGCAACGUGCUGCUGUACGGCGGGCUCUUCGCGGCGGGAGACGCGGCCCAGCAGCUGUGGCGGCGGCGAGGGCAGCCGCCCGACUGGGCGCAGACGCGGCGAGUGGCGCUGGUGGCUCUCGCCUUCCACGGCAACUUCAGCUACGUCUGGCUGCGGGCGCUGGAGCGGGCGCUGCCCGGCCGCCGCCCUCCUGCCGUCCUCGGCAAGGUGCUCUGCGAUCAACUCCUCGGCGCCCCCGUCGCCGUCCUCGCCUUUUACACGGGUAUGAGCAUCCUUCAGAAGAAAGAGGACAUCUUUUCAGACUGUAGAAAGAAAUUUUGGAAUACAUAUAAGACGGGACUGAUGUACUGGCCUUUCGUGCAGCUGUCAAACUUCAUUUUUGUGCCUGUUUACCUGCGAACAGCUUAUACUGGGCUCUGUGGUUUUCUCUGGGCUGCCUUCAUUUGCUUUUCCCAACAGAGUGGAGAUGGCACAGCAAAGUCAGCACUUAUGUGGCUCAAAAGAGAGGAGGUUAAUGCAGAUGAAGAUUCAUCAGAGAAAUAAGAACUUGAGUAUGAACACAAUCUAAAUUGUUAAACUGAGUUUAUGAAAGUCUGUAAAUUGCACUGCAACCUCAUUGCUGUAUUUAAAAUAACCAGUCAUCUCAACAUUUGUUGGUUAGUAUCAGCACUGGAACAGUUUGUCUUUGUGCCUGUUUAUUUUUCAUAAAAGAGGCCAAUUGUAUAUUGGCAUUUAAUUAUUUUCAUGCUGCCAGCCCAUCUCUUCUGGGAACAAAUGCCUUACAGGGCAGUGUAAGCGUUUGCACAUCAUGUUGGACCUACUCACCGGGGAGAAAUAUUAACUAAUUUAAUUUGCAAGCAACUUGUAAUUGUUAGAAAAAAGGGAAUAGAAUGUGAAAUCAUCAAUUACUGGACUUGGUAAUUGUUAUCAGUGCAAGAUUGCUUUUGCAGAACAAAAUGUAGUGGCUUUCUUAUCUAGAAAGUGUCAUUGAAUCUGUUUAAUCCAGAAAACAGGAAUGCUGUGUUUUGCCGGGACCACUUUUCUGUAGGGGCAAGCUUGCUUUAUUCUACAUAUAGAAAAUAAUUAUUUGAUAGAAUGUACAAACCUGAAAUAUAUUUGCAUAUCUUUUAUCUUAACUGUGAGAAUAAAGAUAAAUAGAUAAUAAAGAUAAAUAAACUUCAGUCAGAGUUCUUUGGGGUGCAUGCUGCAUAUGGACACUUGGGGGAAGAAUCAUAAGCAGCUCCUGCGUGAUAGAACCCAACGAAACACUGCAGUGAGCUUUUGUUAUAUGUGUCAAUGGCUUCUUCCUUUGCCCCUCAAGGGUCAAAGUACUGAAGAGUACAUGGGGGUCUUGACACUUUGACUCUUUCCUCCUACUUCAUUAUGUUGAAAAUAUAUUUUAGAUUUUGAAGAAAAAGAGCAUGGAAAGAAAGGUAAUGUGAAUGCCAGAAUCCAUCUCAAAACAAUCCAGCUGUAUGUAAGAAACUACCAUUUGUUCUUGAAACAGCUUUUAAACAUUCCUAUUCCAAAAAGACACCGCGCAACUACACAUAGGAGAUGGUAAAAUUAUUUACAGAUCUGCUUUGUCAACAGGGGAUCAGGUCUGAAUACAGGUGAGCUCUUUGGUGUUUUCUAAAUGUGCCUCUGUAUCUCAGAACAGGUACUGUGCAAAUGCCUGUAAUUGCAGGAAGUUGAAAUCAGACCAGUAAAGGAGCCCUUGGUUUAUUUAGAAUGGGAUUUUAUGCCUUGAAGUUACUAAAUAAAAAGCUUGAAACAAUACCUGAUUUAACCUAUCUUGAUGAUGAUUGUAAGAAGACGACUCAAGCAUCAUUGCUAUAAUAAUAAUAAACCACUUUAAGGAAUGUAUGAAUUCCUCAGUUUUGUCUAAACAAUAAACCAAAGCCUGCUUAGGCUACAAACAAACAUUUCUUUGGCCAACAGCUGUACUACUUAGACAAGUCACUGCAGUUUCAUCUUCAGCUGCACAGGCAGACUUGAAAGAGGACACCUGCAUACAGUCUUAAGGUGGAAUUAAUUUUAAUUGACUUCUGACAUAUGUAGUGUGGACUCUGCAGCUUGGCUAAUGAGUUUAAGCUCUGUUUAUAGUCAGUGGAGGAAUAUAGACAGUUACAGACAUCUGUUUUAGGGUACAAUGAAUUCUGCACAGUAGGGAUCUAUUUCUUCCCAUUGAUAACAGACAGUCUCAAAAGACUGGCUGCUAUGUAGAUAGCUUCACUGUAGGUGCUCAUAAUUGGUGAGUUGCAUUCCCCUGUUUGGUGUCUAUCUUACAUGUCCCUGUGGGAGCAACUUGGUGUUGCUGCAUGAAUUGUGUGAAUUGAGCAGUCCUGAUGCUGAACAUCCCAGUAGGAUGUAGAAAUCCACAGAGGAACUAACUGCAUUUUAUCUAUCUAUUUAAAAAUGAAAGAUGAGUGAAUAGAUGAUUUAGACAGCUAAAGUUGUUAAAUUGUUUUUGUGUGUAUAAAGUCCUCAGGAUAAAGAAGCAAUUUCAGUAGUGUUUUUUUUGUGUUGGUAUUUUCUAUUCAGUGAGACUUAGAAGUUUCAGAUAAGGUGUGCUCAUUAAGUAUUUGACUUGUUUUUUAUAGAUACUAGUUAUUUUUCUGUUUGUGCCUUAAGUGUUUAAUAGUUAAUAGAAUUUGCUUGCAGAAGAGAAAAGAACAUUGUAAGGAGAGUGAAAUAGCAGAUAGCUGAUGGUUUGCUGUAAGCAGUAUGUGAUGUUCUGCUGAAACUCAGUGCAAAAAAUACUUCUGCAUGACUGUUGUUGGUAAAACUUAAUCCCCAGGUGAAUAAGAAAAUUAAAACUGUUCUCAUGAUCUGUAUAAUGCUGAUGCUUUUCUUCAGCAGGAGUAUUUAGUGAAUGGAAGAUCCAUCUUUUAUUUUGAAUGGCGUAAAAGCUUAUACAAGCUGCGUUUUAUUGCUGUAUGCUUUUGUGCUGCUAGCUUUUCGCUUGAGAAUUUGAGCUAAAUCCUGCUUUGUCUUCAAGUUUCUCUGGCUGUGGGCUUCAGGGUUUCUCUCCAUGUUCUGAAGUACACUUCUUUCAGGUAAUGGAAGCCUGUGGCUCCUACAUUUCAGUGAUCUUUAGAUUCUGUGUAAUCCUUUCAUUCCCUUGUUUCUCAUGUGAAAGGAUUUGACAGUUUGGUGAUCCAAGUCUCUUUUCAUAUUAAAAAAUCCAUGGUUUUUUUUUUCCCUUUAAUUGCAGGCACUGAUUGGCUUUACAAAUAUUUCAGACCUACCGAAUAGAAAACAAUGAAGCUGUGUUGGGACAAAUUCUCAGUGCACAACUAAUGCAGCUUCUAAAGAUUUUAUGCCCCUGUCACUAUAGUCCGAGGACCUAACUCCUUACUUGUUAAAGACUUCAUUAUUUCUUGACAGUUUAUUUUGUUUAGAAGAUCAAUUUCAGAGGAUAACAAAUGGUGGAGGUUGGAAAGGACCUCUAGGUGUCCAGUCCAACCCUAUUUGAUACAUGUAUAUAAACUUUUGUUUAUUCUUCUGGUAAUUCAGUUAUUUCUUGAAAAAAAAGAAAAAGAAAAAGAAAAUGGGUGAGACUUGUCCUAAUUGUCUCUCCCCUUCCUUCCAAAAGCAGUCAUAAGGGCUUUAUGACUAUUUCAAGGAAUUGCACUGAUCUUGUUGCCAGCAGAUUUCCAUAACCAGAAAGAUGAACAGAAUUAUACAGCCUGUAGGUGCUCAGGAAGGAGGGGACCCGCUGCCAAUAGCUGCUAGGCAUGCAUUCAGGUGACAUUUUCACGUCAUGGAUCCUCUCUAAGAGCAAAUGGGAUGAGAAGAUAUUUAUAUCAGGUGCUGUUCCAGCUUUGUGUUAUUCUGCAUAGAUAUGGAGAUGUAGUCUGAAUUUGAUAAAAUGAGAAUUUAAAAAUGUAUUUUUCUAGUGCAUAUCUUUUAUGCAAAUGAACCUCCUGUGCUUACUAGUAUGCAAAAUACAUCCUUCUAGGCUUAGAAAACUCACCAGAAGGCCUCUGUCUUUUUCACACCAGAAACAACCAUCCAGAAACACAGCAUAAAAUAACCAGUUUCAUAACAGAGCGAAGGUGAAACUGCCUGUAGUUUGUUACUCUAUCUGGCAUGUUCUCUGUAUAGCAUAGCCCUUGAAAUCCAUGCAGCCUCAGCCCUCUGAUUCUGUGCUUUAAGUGCCAGCGCUUUGUGCUUGUGCUGCUGCCUCUUCUGCUAGUGCCAAUCCAGUGAGAUGUGCAAGAAAUACUUGAAUUUGACUAAAAUAAUUAAUCUCAAGUUGACUGAAAAGUGUCUGUGUUUUUGCAAAGGCUUAAUAAAUAUUAAAUGCUGUUCUUC